AUGAAGCUUCUCAAGUCUGCAAAGUCCGACAAUACCAGAGCCGAGUUUCCGCCACGCAAAAUGUCAUAUCUACAAGCACCACCAACAUACGAAGAGAGUACGCAGAAUGCGAUGAAGAGGUUCACAAAUGAAGUACUAAACGUCAAGGUCCCUGCGGAACUGCUAGAGCCAUUAUUGUCAGACAAGUUGAGCAUCGAUGAAAAACAAAAGCUCAUCGAGCAGGCUCCAGAUAUAGUCUUUACGGGUGAUGGAGGCAUUGGAAUAACAACUCCGGACCUUGAAGAUCGGCUUGAAAAUGCAAACUAUGACGAGCUUGCUCAAAUGGUAGCCUACCGUUACCAUUUGCUCACUGCAGCAUCGAACCGAGACUGGUGCAAAGAACUCAUUGAGCUGGAUAUCACCUUACGAUGGAUUCUCCAACGCAGAAUAUGGUUUGAGCAAAAGAAAAACCACAUACCACCCUCGGAUUUACAUCAGCUCGAGGCCAAUGAAAAGCAAAUCAAAUCCCUCAACUCAAGAUACUGGGAUACUCACAGGGAACAAUGGAUCAAGUCAGACAAUAUAUGCAGCAAGACAGCGAGACGAGCAAUAAGAAGGCAGAAAAAACAUGCGGAUUGGUAUCUCUCGGCUGUACUCCGUGAAGACUGCGCAAAACGGGGAGGCUGCUGUGGACGCAAAUGUGGAUGUCGCGAAAGGUCACGAAUAACUGGUGGCAAUAUAGAUGGGGUUCGUGAUCAAGACCACUGUACCACAGCAUGCGGUUGUUGCCUUGAGGUUCAUGGGAUCGACGGUGAAGACCUGGAAAUGAAAGACGUGGAUGAGAUUCACUUCACAACAACCGACGACCACCACACUCUGCGACUGCUCAAGGGAUAUAUCUUCUAUUUGAACGGUAUGGAAUGCAAGUCAACCCAGACCAGGAGUUUUGCUUAUACUGAACAUAUUGCUCGGUCAAGUUGA